AUGUCACAGGAGACAGACAACAAGCGUCUGGUGGUGGUGGUCCCCAACGAGAGCUCCUUCCCGGCAGUGCGGCGGGCUUACACCAGCGAGGAUGAGGCAUGGCGCUCAUACCUGGAGAACCCGUUAACGGCUGCCACCAAAGCAAUGAUGAGCAUCAAUGGCGAUGAGGACAGCGCCAACGCAUUGGGCCUCCUCUACGACUACUACAAGGUUCCUAAAGAAAAGAGACUUCUGACCACUCCCAAAGUAGUGGAAGUCACAGAAGAGCAAGAAAAAAGGUUGCCUAGCAACACCAAUGGCGUCGAAACCGAGGCCUUGGACAACCGGGUCCAGGUCCUCAAGUCGGUACCCGUCAACCUGUCGCUAAACACGGAGCAUCCCGAACCAGGCAGCGCGGGAUCCGUUGCCCUGGUGAAGGCUGAAGCUUACACGCCCGUCUACAUGACGACGGGUGCCGGGCUCCACUAUCGCGUGGAUGGUGAAGAACAGUCCCGGGUGGUCUAUGAGCAGAGCCCCUACGAAGUGACCACUGUUAGUCACAGCUCUUACGUGAAGGAGGACCAGCAGAGCCCGCCAGACAGUCCCUUUGACGAGGACAGAGACACGGUUAGCUUUAAGUACCACACGCCGUCCUCCCUGGCGUCAGACGACUUUUUGUUCCACCAGGACGGAACCGACAGCUUCCAGUACACACUUGACGCCACACGCUCGUUACGCCAGAAGCAGGGUGAGGGCCCAAUGACUUACCUGAACAAGGGCCAAUUCUACGCUGUCACCCUUAACGAACUCAGCGCCAACAAGCGCCUACGACACCCAAUCAGCAAAGUGCGGAGUGUGAUCAUGGUGGUGUUCAGUGAGGACAAAAACCGGGACGAGCAGCUGAAAUACUGGAAGUACUGGCACUCCAGGCAACACACGGCCAAGCAGAGAGUGCUGGAUAUCGCCGACUAUAAGGAGAGCUUUAACACCAUUGGAAACAUUGAGGAAAUUGCCUAUAAUGCCAUUUCCUUCACGUGGGAUGUCAACGAAGAGGCUAAGAUCUUCAUCACAGUCAACUGCCUGAGUACGGACUUCUCGUCGCAAAAGGGUGUCAAGGGUCUGCCUCUGAUGAUCCAAAUGGACACGUACAGCUACAACAAUCGCAGCAACAAGCCUCUCCACAGGGCCUACUCCCAGAUCAAGGUCUUCUGCGACAAGGGAGCUGAGCGAAAAAUAAGAGACGAAGAGAGAAAGUUGUUCCGCAAGAAGUCCAAAGGUAAAGAUGGCGGCGUGGGCGUGAUAACGGCUGCCAAGAAGUCGGAUACGACGUAUUUCAAGACGAUGAGUGACCUGGAAGCGCAGCCUGUCCUUUUCAUCCCUGACGUCCAUUUUGGAAACCUGCAGAGGGCCGGACAGGUGUUCACAUUCAACACGGAGGAGAUGGAGCGAGAAGGGAGCGUGCUGGUCAAGAGGAUGUUCCGGCCGUCGGACGAAGACUUGUGUCCGUCUCCUCACAAGCAGAUCAAGGAGGAGACGCACAAGAGAGUGCUGCUGUACGUACGCAAGGAGACGGAUGAAGUGUUCGACGCCCUCAUGCUCAAGUCACCUACGCUGCGAGGCCUCACAGAUGCGAUAUCGGAAAAGUACGGCUUGACCACCGAGAAGAUCACCAAAGUCUACAAGAAAAGCAAAAAAGGCAUCCUGGUGAACAUGGACGACAACAUCAUCGAGCAUUACUCCAACGAAGAUACGUUCAUCUUACAUAUGGAGAGCUACGCCGACACCUACAAGGUCACGCUGACUGAAAUAUAA